UUAACUACUUUGGCAGCAACAAAAUAUGCUAAAAAAGGAGUGUUGCAUAUUGAAUCAUCCGAUGAACAUAGUUUUACCAAAAACCUCUCUCGAGAAAUGAAGAAAAUAAAUUACUUAGAUUAUUUAUGGAUUACUUGCUUUCCUUAUAAUUAUCCUUAUCUUGACUGGGAAAAAGUAUUUCAUAAAUUUGAAAAAAACGCAGAGAAGAAGAAAAGAAAUGAAAAUCACACCCCACUUCUUAUUAUUGAUAAUGUAUCACAUAGUUAUUUUCAUCAUAAUAUGUUACAAACUAUUGCGAAAGCUGCUACGGAACAUGACAAUUAUAAUGUAAUGUUUGUUACGAAUGACCAAAAGACGCUAGAAUAUUUAUUGGAUGGUGAUACGGAAUCUCGUAUGGAAAUUAUCUACCUCGGAGACUUGAAUAAAGACGUAGCAUUAUCCUAUUUACGUAAACAUAAAAUUGAUGCCGAUACUGCUGAGAAGAUAUAUGAAGUUGUCGGUGGUAGAAUUAUUGAUCUAUCACAAGCAAUCAACCACUUUGAAAGAAAUGAUGAAGAUAAAAAUUCUUUAAAUGAUUAUCUUAAUAUGAAAACUAAUUCGAUUUUUAAGAAAUUGGAUAAUCAUCGUUAUAAUAAGAGCCAUCUCGAGUUCCUGCGAAAUCACGCUCAUCAGACAUUUAGUCGAUCUGAAUCUAUUAGGAAUGGACUUCUUGGUUAUGAACUUGAUGAACUAGAAAGCAAAAAUAUAUUAACAGUUGCUAAAAACUUAAAAUUUACAUUUGGAUCACCAGCUACAAAAUAUGUUUUUGAUAAUUUAUUACAACAAUGAAAAG